ACUAGGCAAGCGCAUUGCCAAGCCUUGUUUGCAGCUCAAAGUUGUGUACGAGUCGUCUCUCUUGCCCACCACACGAAACCGCUGCAACAAUGCAGCGCUUCGGCCGCUUCCUGCGUUUAUUUGACGGCAAGCCCGACGCUCUCCCACCAAUUAAACCCAUCUUUACCUUUGACGGCAGCAGCACAGCCUACAGCGCAAGUGUGCACACGGAUCGCGAGUGGGGCGGGCGGAGCCGAGCGACGUUCCGCGUGGGAAACGCGGGCGCGUCGGGCAGCGGCGUCUGCGGCGUCUUCGAGGGCUUCAUCGACAAGACGCCGUCGGUGGUACCUAAUGAGGAGGGCGUCACGGGCCGCCACGGCUUCGCCAUGCUGCAGUUACACACUAAUGAGGACGAGGUCGGCUGCGAGGAGUACGACGCGCUCGCGCUCCGCGCCUCGGGCGACGGGCGGCUGUAUUCCGUGUCGCUGCGCAACGCCGUGCCGCUGGCGCCGAACAUCGCGUACCAGGGCUUCCUGGCGCGCGAGCGGCGGGGCUGGCGGACUUAUGAAUUACCCUUCACGUCCUUCGCGGCGACGCGCGGAGGGCGGCUGCUCGGCCAGCCGCGGGUUUUGGACGUGGCGCGGUUCUCGUCGCUCUCCAUCGCCGUCGCGGACGAUUUGGAGGGGCCCUUCCGGCUCGAGAUCCGGGGCGUCGAGGCGCUGCGCGAGGACGACGGGCUCGGGUAAGUGCUGUUGUUGUGA